UAUUCAUUCAAUCUACAGUCUUCUAUAGGCGUAUUUCAAUCAUCACUCAACGAUGCUUGCAUUUCAACACACCUGGAAAGGCCUACUUUUGUUAGCCUGUUUGUAUACAUGCUCAGGUGCGCCAUUGUCGUGCGACCCCGAAGGAAGCGCAGCGUGUUUCUCCAGCUUUAGUCAAGGGAUUCUGAGGGUGGCCUUGCCCCAUCUGACACAGAAUAUCAGCGUCCAAAACGCAAACUUGUCCUUCGUCAGUCAGAUCUGCAGUGAGUACAACCGCACCUACUUGCCCUGCAUUUCUCCAACCCUCGUCGGCUGCCCUGCAUGGAGCUAUAUUACCUACGAGAUGACCAGCGCUGCCGUGGAGUACAUCUGUCGAAGCAAUGAAACGAUGGUACGGGAUGUGCUAGCGUGUGUGUCAGUGCCGUCAGUCGCUCCUGCAAUCAUGGCCUGCAACGAGGCUGCCCUGGCGGCAACCAAACCGUGCCACCCAGCUUAUACUUGGCAGAGAUGCGUAGCUGACAUCACCUCCAACGUUUGUUCCGUGUCUUCUAAUGCUGCUUUAAACGAUGUCAUUGCUCACAGUCUGCAGCCCAUGUUUGACUUGUAUCCUUGUCAAGACAACUAUACUUCUGUAACGUCAGAACCUGAACCUGAGAUCACGAGAGAAACAGGUACCCCUGAACCAGAACCUGAGAUCACGAGAGAAACAGGUACCCCUGAACCUGGACCUGAGAUUACGAGAGAAACAGGUACCCCUGAACCUGGACCUGAGAUUACGAGAGAAACAGAACCGGAACCGGAAGUGACAAGUGCUCCAAGUGCUGUGUGUGACUUGAUGUCCUUCAGCAUGUGCAGCGCAGAACUGAACCAGGACCUGCAGGUGUGGGUGGCGAACCUUAUCGUCUCUGGACGCUUCAACGACUCAGACCUCGAUACACUUUGCAGAGUUCACUACAGGAAAUACCAACAAUGUGUUUGGCCGUUGACCUCGGGAUGUCGCAAAGACACGAUGUUAGUGCGUGACAUAAUGGUUGCUGCUUUCGACUUCAUCUGCUCUGCCGACAUAGAAGAUCUGAGAAGCACAAUUCCCUGCAUAUCCCAGCCUGGCUUUACACAAGAGCUGCGGACAUGUGCUCUGGCAUCAUCUACUUCAGGAAUGUGCAGUUUUGCAACGAACUACAAAACGUGUGUGUCUAACGUCACUUCCGGUUGCACCGACCCUGCGCAACAGGUCAUCAGUGACCUCGUGGACAACCUACUGAAGCCACUGGAAGAGAUCUUCCCCUGUGACGUCGACGUUACCACUGUCGUAUCAACGCUUUUCACCUCAACAACACCCAAGACACCGGUCACGUCAACGUUCAAGACAACAACCUAUAUUACCCCAACACCGGAAGUGGUCACUGGUGGCGUUGUCAUUGGGGAAGGAACCUGUGGACGCAAGUGCCAGGAGCUACUGAACGUGCCGCUUUCACGUGUUGCAACUGCAUCGCUGGCUGGCAAUUUUACCCUCACUAUCUACACAGACGCAUGCCCUAUUUUUGACAGUUUCCGCGAGUGCAUGGCUUCUCUUUCUGAGCCAUGUGUAAUUCCUGCUCUGCAGUAUGGUAUCGUCUCUCAGUUUGAGUUCGCCUGUGGAAAAGCUUAUAGUGCUAUUAUUGAAUACGAGGACUGCUGGGAGAGGGACGACAUCCAAGCCUCGUGGAAUUCAUGUAUUACCGAGUUCACCACUGGGAUUUCCAAUGGGACGCAAAAUGGCAUAUGCAGACACCUGGACGCCUUUUCCAUCUGCAUAAGGGAGAAGGUCGCAACCUGUGGACAGGUCCCACUUGCUAUAGUGACGGAUUACAUAAACGCCUCAACAUAUAGUGUUAGGAGGCUCUCCAACUGUUCUCUGGGACAGCCGACCACCGGACAAACGACGACUACUACGGCUACUACUACGACUACUACGGCUGUCCCAACUUCAUCCUCCAGCUCCACCACCACCACCACCUCUGCAACAACUACACCCACCUCAACGACUACCUCAGCCGCCCCCAAUUCAACCACGUCUUCACAGCAAAACCAGACAGUGACCAUUCCUAAGCUUCCAAUCACCUGCUUCGACUGCAACAGCGGCACCAAAAGCUGGCCUAACCCGCAGUGCACCAUCGACGGCCACAUCGAAGAAGACCUUGUCGGCAAGACCACCUGCAUGGACCGGUGCUUUGCUAAAACCAACAAAUGGAAUAAGGGAGUAAUUUUCCGCGGCUGCGCAGCAGGAUUCUGGAUGCCGGAAGCCCGUCCCUUGCCUCGUUCUGGAUGUCAAAUGAUCCGUGACGAAAUGUGGUGUUUCUGCGACCAUGACAACUGCAAUGAAAUGUCCAUGGCGCGCUUUGUUUAAAACACGGGUUUACCCGUAUCCGAUCUCAGAUGCCAAUUUUGGCUCGUGUCAGAUAAGUGCCACAGCGGUAUUAUGUAUCAGUAUUGUACAUAUCGGCGUGACCUCUCUGUAUCAUUUAGAUAAUACCAUUUGCCGUAGUCGUAGGUACCAUUUCGUUUGACAACAAACUGUGAUGAUGUUUCCUGUAUGCUCAAAUAAUCCGCCUUUUGAUUCGUAAUUAACAAAUUAAACGUUAGAGAGAUUGACAUAAUAAAAUGUGUUCUUAUAAGAAGCCCGUACAGACUGAAGCAGAGCGUGAUCAUGCUGGAACACCUGAGAGAUAUAUGUGUUCAAACACCCGUGAAGGAAAUCCUUAUGCAAUUCAUGUAUGUACAAAUAUUUGUAUUUACGAUAUUUUGUGAGAUUUAUUUUUAUUGAUGUUUUACAAUAAAACACCUGUUUUACA